GGAGGGGGUGGGCCCUGGCGCUUGGUGGUGGCGGCCGCCAUUUUGCUGCGGCGGGUCGGGUCUGCCACGGCGGGGCCUGGUUAGGGAUCAGCAUCCGGGUGGGAGGGGUCGGCGAGGUCCUGAGUAGGACCGGCAGAGACCACGCAAGGGGAAAGGCCGGACAGGGGCAGCCUGGGGGCUACGGAUGGCGGUGGAUUCUAUCCGGCCGAGGCGGCGGCGCUGGGGCUGAGGCGGCGGCAGGAGAAGGCGGGGCAGGAGGCGCCUCCCCUCACUCCUCCCCCCUCCCACCCAGGAGUAGUCUUCCCCAGGAAAGCGAAACCCUGGAAGUGGAGCCUGACAAGGAAGAGGAGUUCUCAGCUCACAAAGAUACUUCUGAAACAGGCAGUCCCGAGCGCAGGCUGGGCUGCCAGGGAACCCAGGAGCUGGACGGCUCGUCCCAGUGGCUGGCUGACCAGAAUGAGGCCGGUUCCCAGCAUGCACUGGAGGAGGACACAAGCACUACAACCACAAACGAAGCUGUUGGGACGAGAGGCAAAGAGCAAGAGAGAAUUAAAAUGCAGAACAGCCCUACCCAACAGCACCAUGCGCUGCAUGCACAGGUAGAGUUGGAGAUUGCAUCAGACAGAAUGACGGGCAGUAACCCAGUAUCACCAGCCUCUUCAGGCUCACCUGCCUCAAGUGGCAGCAUUUCACCACCACAUCUCACCCACGACUCCUCUCUGGAUAGUCACCUGGGCUUUGAUGGUACUAAGACACAGAACAGAGCCCUGGUAUCACCUGGGAUGUACACCUCUGCUGACCCAGCAAGCAUGUGGGACAAGACACAUGCUGAGAUCGCUGAGCAGGCCAAGCACGAAGCAGAGAUUGAGAACCGCAUUGCUGAAAUGAAAAAGGAGGGUUUCUGGUCCCUGAAAAGGCUGUCCAAGGUGCCCGAGCCAGCCCGUCCCAAAGUGCACUGGGAUUAUCUCUGUGAGGAAAUGCAGUGGCUGUCUGCUGACUUUGCCCAAGAGCGCCGCUGGAAGAGGGGAGUUGCAAGAAAGAAGGUGAUGUAA